AUGCAUGGCCUCGCAAGCAACAACUACGACCGAUUCUCAUAUGCGAUUCAAGGAGGCGCCGCGAGCACUUCGGCUUUCAUUGUCCCAAGUAUCAUCGUGCGCUUCAACCUCGAGCAGCGAGUGAAGGCACUAAAUCUUUGGCAAGAUAAGAUCUACUGGCAUGAACGCAGGAUAGGCAUCCGGUUCGACCAUCAUGAUAACCCCGAACUUUCUAGCAUCGAUUUCAGCACGCUUUCGAAGGAUCUCAAUGCCGCAAACACGAACCUCGCAUACGCAGUAUGGCUCUGCAAAAGCACUACACGUAUGCUUGACUUCCUUGACCAGGUUGCAAAGAGAUAUAAAAGGCAGGCUGAUGCUAAUAAGAUCUCCGAAGACGAUUCAACGGAGAUCGAGCAGCUACUUCUUGACACUCAUUCUGAACUCCGGUCUUGGAAUGCGGGUCUCGAGGAUCGGGCAGAAUACUUGUCCAAGCGAGGACAAGCCCUGGUGCAAACUGCCUACAGUGGGAUUGCGCAGCGCGACUCAGCGACAAGUCUUCGUUUGGCGAGCACGAGUACAAAUUUGGCACAGUCGUCUCAAAGCGUGGCAAUAUCGACUUCACGCGAUAGUGCCGUCAUGAGAAUCAUCGCGGCCAUCACAAUAUUCUUUUUACCUGCAACCUUUACUGCUACAUUCUUCAGCACAACGUUCUUCAACUUCAACGACGAUCUAGAUGGACGAGUGUACUCUCAUUGGAUCUGGCUGUACUUUCUGGUCACCACCACGCUGACUCUAGUCGUGGUAGUGGGUACAUGGCUUCUAUGGCGCAAGAAAGAGCGAGAAGUUGUGGCAGCUUUGACCUCGCCAAUUAAGGAGCAGGAAGGCAGCACUGUACACAUGCAUCAGCAACUACUUGAACCUGGAACAGAUCAAUAUGCGGAGCAAGAAAGCAGCCAUGCAUCACCCAGAGCAACGUUCGCAAGAUUACGUGCAAUUCCUGAGUGGGCACGAUCGAACCAACGGAAAAUAUCGCAUAGCAAAGAAGGAACAAGCGCAUAA